AUGGCUCAAUCACUUUUUCUUAUCUUGGGUUCUUUUAUGCUCCCUUUGUCAAUGUUCCUUACGCUCUCGUCUACCCACAUCAAAGCAAACCCUUUGGUCUCUGAAAUUUGUGCCCAAACCCAAAACCCUUCUCAAUGUAAUCAAGUUUUGGGAUCUGCUCCUGGAGCCUCCACUUCUGAUCUCAAGGGUCUAGGCUAUAUAUCGAUAAAUAUAGCCCUCACAAAUGCUAUACAAACAUCACCAUACAUUGCAUCUCUCGUCAAGCAUGCCACCGAUAAAAUGCUCAAGAGUCGAUAUCAAAUAUGUGUUGAGAGUUAUACAUCUUCUAUUGACGCUUUGAAGGAAAGCAAGAAAUUUUUGGAUAACGGAGAUAUUCCUAGUCUUCAAACUUUCGCAUCAACUGCAUUUGAUGGGCCCAGCGACUGCGAUGACAAUUUUGAAGAAGGACCACCAGCCGCACCACCGACCCAACUAAAUGAUGCCAACAACAAACUCAAAAGUCUCGUUAGCACUCUUUUAGUGAUUGGAAAGCUUUUAGAGGGAAAAGAAUAA